GCGCCGGGCAACGCAGUGGACGCCCCUCCACCGCGGCUGGGCCCAGCGAGAAGCCACUUGGCCUAAGACCCCAGGGGCGAUGGCGUCCAGCGGAGGCGACGGGUGGGGCCACCUGCCCUUCUUCUUCGGCAACAUCACCCGCGAGGAGGCGGAGGCCCACCUGGAGGAGGCGGGCCUGGGCGAGGGCCUGUUCCUGCUGCGGCAGAGCCGCAGCUCCCUGGGGGGCUUCUCCCUGUCGGUGUCCAGCGGGGGCCGGGUCCACCACUACACCAUCGAGCGCGACGUGUCCGGGGCCUUCGCCAUCUCCGGGGGCCGCUCGCACCCGGGCCCGGCCGAGCUGUGCGCCUUCCACGGCCGCGAGGCCGACGGGCUGGUCUGCCGCCUCGGGGACCCCUGCGUCCGGCCCCCCGGCCUCCGGCCCCGCGCCGGCCCCUUCGAGGGGCUCAGGGAGACCCUCAUCCGCGACUACGUCAGGACCACCUGGAACCUGCAGGGCCAGGCGUUGGAGCAGGCCAUCCUCAGCCAGAGGCCCCAGCUGGAGAAGCUGAUCGCCACCACGGCCCACGAGAAGAUGGACUGGUUCCACGGGGCCCUGACCCGCUCCCAGGCCGAGGACGCCCUGCUCGCCGCCCCCAGGGCCGAAGGAAAGUUCCUUCUCUCCCGACCCGGGGGUCGUCUCUCCUCCGUCCCCGAGGUGCGGCUGAAGUACCGCUACAAGGCGCGGAUCUUCCUGGAGGAGAGCCUCUCCUUCGGGGUCCUGGGCGAGCACGGCCGCGGGGUCACCGAGCACUUCGGCAUCAACGUGAGUGCCCCGACCCCCGACCCCCGACCUCUCCCCUCCGCCCCGGCGGGGGCCGGGAGUCGAACCCGGGACCGCGGGCGGCCGCCCCGACCCUCCCCCUCCCCGGGCCGCGCCCCCAUCGUGCCCGCUUCCCGCCCGCGCCCACUUCCCGUCCGUCCGUGCCCACUUCCCGUCCGCCCACACCCGCUUCCCGUCUGCCUGCGCCCUCUUCCUAUCCACCCGCGCUCACGUCCCAUCCACCCGCCCCCACUUCCCAUCCACCAUGCCCACUUCCCGUCCGCCCGCGCCCACUUCCCUUCCACCACGCCCACUUCCCGCCCACCCGCGCCCGCUUCCCGUCCACCAUGCCCGCUUCCCGUCCACCCACGCCCGCUUCCCAUCCACCAUUCCCACUUCCCGUCCGCCCGCGUUAACUUCCUCUCCACCCGCGCCCACUUCCUGUCCACCAUGCCCACUUCCCGGCCGCCCAUCGAGGACAUCGACCUGAUCAGCGCCAACAUGGAGAACGCGCUGGCCUCGGUGGGCGGCUUCUGCUGCGGGCGCUCCUUCGUCGUCGACCACCAGCGCCUGUCGGGGCAGGGCUACUGUUUCUCCGCCUCCCUGCCGCCGCUGCUGGCCGCCGCCGCCAUCGAGGCCCUCGACGUCAUGGAGGACGACCCGGGCCUCUUCCAGGUGCUGCGGAAGAAGUGCGAGCAAAUGCACCGGGCCCUGCAGGGGACGCCCGGGCUGGCCGUGGUCGGGGAGCCCUGCUCGCCCGCCCUCCACCUGCAGCUGGCCCGCCCCGCCGCCGGGGCCCGCCGGGACCAAGUGCGAAUCCUGCAGCGCCUCGUCGACUACUGCCUCGAGAGGGGGAUUGCGCUGACUCAGGCCCGGUACCUGGACAAGGAGGAGAAGCACCUGCCCCCGCCCAGCAUCCGCGUGUCGGUGAGCGUGGAGCAGACGGAGGCGGAACUGGAGCGGGCGGCGCUCACCCUGCGCCGGGCCGCCGAGACCCUGCUCCCCUAGGGGACCCCCCCCCGUCUACACCGCCCUCCGUCUACACCGCCCCCCGUCUACACCACCCUCCGUCCCCCCCACCGACCCCUGGACUCGUCUACACUGCCGCUCAGGAAGACCCGCGCCCCGGGCACCGUCUACACUGCCUUCCGAGGGGGGGAGACCCCCGCCCUCAUCGCUCCUUGGCGUCUACACCCUCAUCGACACCCCCCCCCACCUUGGGCGUCUUCUACACUGGCCUCCCCUCCUCGUCGACCCUCCCGCCCCCCGGGCUCCGU